GGCACGGCAGCGCCCAGGUGAGCGCCCUGCCGCCCGGCAGCGCCCGGAUCGGACCCGACAGGACGGAUGGGGCGAGAGCAGCCGAACCCAGUGGAGACCUCGGACCCGAUGCAAUGGUGGCCCACCCUCCAUAUGAGUUCUGAGCCUGCUGGGUGCUGAGCACCGUCAAUAACCCCACACCAGUGGCUCUGCACAGCAUGGGCCUGUUGCGCUGUGUGUGCCUCUGGCUGCUGCUCGCCCUGACCCGGCUGCGUGCUGGUGCCUGGCAGUGUCCCCGCAUCCCUUACAGCUCCAUCAGGAACUUCUCCAUCCCCUACACACUGCCCAGCCUCGAUGCUGGCAGCCCCAUCCAGAAUGUUGCUGUCUUCACCGACUCCGAUGGCCCAGUCGCUGUCUUUGUGGCUGUCAGGAACCGCAUCCUGUUGGUCAGCCCCGACCUGCGCCUGCUCUCCGUCCUUAUCACCGGCCCGGUGGGCAGUGCCAAGUGUGAGAUCUGUCGCCUGUGCCCAGCCACCACAGAUGGCCCUGAGGACACAGACAACGUCCUGUUGCUGCUGGACCCGCUGGAGCCAUGGCUGUACAGUUGUGGCACGGCACAGCAUGGGCUGUGCUAUCAGCACCAGCUGGAGGUGCAGGACGGUAAGGUGGCCAUCACAGCCACGCACUGCCUGUACUCGGCCAUGGGCAACGGCCCUGCGUUCUGCCCUGACUGCGUGGUCAGCCCACUGGGGACCAGUGCCACUGUGGUGGCCACCUCUUACGCCUCCUUCUUCUACCUCGGCUCCACCGUCAACAGCAGUGUGGCAGCACGGUACAGCCCGCAGUCGGUGUCCGUGCGACGCCUGAAGGGCACCUUGGAUGGCUUUUCAAACGACUUCCAGUGGCUGACGGUGCUGCCGCAAUACCGCAACAACUACACCAUCCACUAUGUGCACUCCUUUGCCGACGGGGACCACGUCUACUUCCUGAUGGUGCAGCCGGAACAGCCGGGAUCUACAGUGUUCCACACGCGCCUGGCACGGCUCAGCACCCACGAGCGUGACCUCCGCCGCUACCGCGAGCUCGUCCUCGACUGCCGCUUUGAGUCCAAGCGCCGGCGCCGGCGCAGCAGCGAGGAGGAUGCUGAGAGGGACAUCGCCUACAACGUGCUGCAGGCAGCCCACGCUGCCCGCCCUGGUGCACGCCUGGCCCGCGACCUCGGCAUCAACGACACCGACACCGUGCUCUUCGGUGCCUUUGCCGAGAGCUGGCCGGAGAGCCGAGUGCCGCAGGAGAACGCGGCUGUCUGCGCCUUCCCCCUCCGCCUCCUCAAUCAGGCCAUGGAGGAGGGCAUGGAGAAGUGCUGUGGAACCGGGCACCAGCCACUGCUGCGGGGUCUCAGUUUCUUCCAGCCGGUGGAGUACUGCCCACACAACGUGAACCUGUCAGCACCAGUGAUCAACACCAGCUGCUGGGAUCAGCCCACCCUCGUCCCUGCUGCCUCCCACAAAGUGGACCUGUUCAACGGGCAGCUGACAGGUGUCCUCCUCACCUCCCUCUUUGUCACCGCCAUGGGAGACGUCACUGUGGCUCACCUGGGCACAGCAGAAGGACGCAUCUUCCAGAUGGUGCUCCAGCGCUCCAGCUCCUACCUUGUGACCUUGUCCAACUUCUCCCUGGGAGAGCCAGGGCCAGUGCGAGGUGCCAUGGGGCUGCAAAGCCACUCGCUGUUCUUCACUGCCGGCACCAAGGUGUGGCUCCUGAACGUCACCGGCCCUGGCUGUCGCCACUUUUCCACGUGCCAGCACUGCCUGCGGGCCGAGCGCUUCAUGGGCUGCGGCUGGUGCGGGGAUGGCUGCAGGCGCCGCCACGAGUGCAGCGGCCACUGGGUGCAGGACAGCUGCCCACCCGUCCUCACCGACUUCCAUCCCCGGAGUGCCCCGCUGCGGGCCGGCCACGGCUGUCGUGUCUCCAGCCAGGACAACGGGACAAUCGGGUGCACGGCUCCCGCCGCCGCUGGCCCGGGCCCAGCCCGGGUAGCCUUGUGGAUCGACGGGGAGGAGUUCCCGGCUCCCGGGCCCUUCCAGUACCGCCCCGACCCCACGGUAUCCGCCGUCGUCCCCAGCUGCAGCUAUGAGGGCUCGCUGCUCACCAUUAUCGGCACCCACCUGGACUCUGUGUAUCGCGCCAAGAUCCGCUUUGAAGCCGGUGGUGUGAUUACCCAAGCCACAGAGUGUGAGGAGCCGCCGGCACCGGAGCGGCUGCUGUGCCACAGUCCAGCUUUCCCCUUCGAGAGCAAGGUGCCCAAGGAGGUGGUGCUGGGGAACCUGAGCGUGCUGCUGGACGGCGCCGAUGGCCGCUGGCUGUUCCGCCUCCGCUACUACUCCCGGCCCAAGGUUUACCCCUUGGAGCAGGAGGGCAGGCGGCUCCGCCUCAAGCCUGGCGAUGAUGAGAUCGAGGUGCACCAAUUGGGGCUGGAUGCCGUGGCCAGCUGCAUGAACAUCACCAUGACGGUGGGGGGCCGGGACUGCCACCCCAACGUCCUGAAGAACGAGGUGACGUGCCGCCUGCCCCGCGAGCUGCACCUGACCUCCGCUGGGGCCCCCGUGGAGAUCUGUGUGAACGGAGCCUGUGAGGCGCUGGGCUGGGUGCUGUCCUCCCCCACCUCGCUGGACCUGGCCGCCAGCCUGGCUCUGGGCACCGGCAUCACCUUCUUGGUCUGCUGCAUCCUGGCUGCCGUGCUGUUCCGCUGGCGCUGGAGUAAGAGGCGGGGUACGGAGAACCUGGAGCUGCUGGCACAGCCCGGCCGCAGCGACCCCCCCAUCACCACCCAGCGCCCCGGCGUCGACUACAGAGAGGUGCUGGUGCUGAACACAGCGGGCACUCCCGGCCCCGUGGGGCCCCGCACACGAGUCACCAGUGCCGGUGCCAAUGGCAGUGCCGGGGCUGGUGCAGCGGGCGGCGGAUCCCCCAUGCCACUGCUCAGGGCCUCAUCCUGCUGCCUGGAGGAUCUGCGGCCGGAGCUGCUGGAGGAAGUGAAGGACAUCCUCAUCCCUGAGGAGCGGCUUGUCACCCACCGCCACCAGGUCAUCGGCAAAGGACACUUUGGCAGCGUCUACCACGGCACCUACACGGACCCGCUGCUGGGCGACCUCCACUGCGCUGUCAAGUCCCUGCACCGCAUCACGGACCUGGAGGAAGUGGAGGAGUUCCUGCGCGAGGGCAUCCUCAUGAAGAGCUUCCACCACCCGCAGGUGCUCUCGCUGCUGGGGGUGUGCCUGCCCCGCCAUGGGCUGCCCCUUGUCGUCCUGCCCUACAUGCGCCACGGGGACCUGCGCCAGUUCAUCCGCACCCAGGAGCGGAGCCCUACAGUGAAGGAGCUCAUUGGCUUCGGGCUGCAGGUGGCCCUGGGCAUGGAGUACCUGGCCCAGAAGAAGUUUGUGCAUCGGGACCUGGCAGCCAGGAACUGCAUGCUGGACGAGACGCUGACAGUAAAGGUGGCUGACUUUGGGCUGGCACGCGACGUGUUUGGCAAGGAGUACUACAGCAUCCGGCAGCACCGCCACGCCAAGCUGCCCGUCAAGUGGAUGGCUCUGGAGAGCCUCCAGACCCAAAAAUUCACCACAAAGUCUGAUGUGUGGUCCUUUGGGGUGCUCAUGUGGGAGCUGCUGACACGUGGGGCGUCGCCGUAUGCCGGGGUGGACCCCUACGACAUGGCCCGCUACCUGCUGCAGGGGAGACGCCUGCCACAGCCCUCUCACUGCCCCGACACCCUCUACAGGGUGAUGCUGAGCUGCUGGGAGCCGGCGCCCGAGGAGAGACCGUCCUUCACCGGGCUGGUGGGUGAGCUGGAGCGUGUCCUGGCUGCGCUGGAUGGUGAGCACUAUGUCAACCUGGCUGUCACCUACAUCAACCUGGACUGGGGUCCUCCCUUUCCCCCUGCUCCCCGGGGGCAGCUGACUGAUAGCGAGGAUGAGGAUGAACCAAAUGAGGAGGUGGAAGAAGAGAAGGAAGAGGAGGAGGAAGAGAAGGAAGAGGAGGAUGAUGACACAUCUGUGUGCUGAUGGGGAUUCCUGCACCGUGGGAUCUCCCAGACCCCCAUAUACCACAGGCACACCCCCCUGAGGAGGGAUGCAAUGUGCAGCCGGAUGCUAUGGGGCACCCUCCCUAUGGGAUGGGUGCUAGGAGGCAGCUGGGUGCUGUGGAGUGCUCUCCAGUGGCUCACACCCAGACCUUGCUGGCUGUUCCCCAGGACUGGUCCUGCACCACAGGAUACUGGGGGCUCAGUCCUGCGCUGGCUGGGUGGUGUGAGGCUCAGCCCCACAGUGAUGAGUGUGUGCUCUGGGGCUCAGUCCCAUAGUGGAUGGGUGCUGUGGGCCCCAUACCCAGCAGGUGAUGUUGGGUGGCCUGGCCUUCCCAGGGCUCCCAUGGAGUUUCCAGCCUCUUGGCUGCUCAUUAAAACGUAAUUGUAUUUUUUCCUG